AAACAAAUCCCAAGAAUAAAGUCACCUAAUAUAAGAAGGAUUUUUACCAAGCAAAAGAAAAGCAGAAAUAUAGUGAGAACAAAAAAGAGUAAAAACACAAAGGAAAAAAAAAAUGUCAGGAGUUACUCAAGAAGAUGACAAGAAGCCUGCUGAUCACAUUAACCUCAAAGUCAAGAGCCAGGAUGGAAAUGAGGUGUUUUUCAGGAUCAAGAGAAGCACACAGCUGAAGAAGCUCAUGAAUGCGUACUGUGAUAGGCAAUCCAUUGAUCUCAACGCUAUUGCAUUCCUGUUUGAUGGUCGUCGCCUCAGGCCUGACCAGACCCCUGAUGAGCUGGAGAUGGAUGAAGGUGAUGAAAUCGAUGCUAUGCUGCAUCAAACCGGUGGAUCUUUGGCUUAGCGUUAUAUUGGAUGGCUUUGGGGCAUCGUAAAUUAGAUUAUCUUCGGUAAUAUAUUGGCCGAACUAUUUAGAAUCUAUUUAUUGCUUGUACUUCAGGUGGAGUCUAGUAAUUAGUUGCUUAUGGAUGGUCACAAACUUUGGAGGAUCUUUACUGCUAGUUGAUUAUCCUUAUAUCAAGUCCUGGUUUUUUUAUGCAAGGGAAGAGAUUUUCUCGUUCGA